AUGCCCACGUUUAGGAAGUUGGACGAGAACAACGAAACUGAAGAUUGGCACCAUUACAUCGAGCGUGUAAACCAUUUCUUCGAAGCAAAUGAAAUCACAGAUCCUGACAAGAGGAGAUCCGUUUUUCUGGUUUGUGUGGGAGCGAAAACCUAUAAACUCGUGCGAAGUUUGGUUGCCCCAGAAGAUCCAAAGGAUAAAAGCUAUGAAGAUUUAGCAAGACUCCUCCAAGACCAUUUUAUGCCUAAACUUUCGGCUUUCAUUCAGCGAUUCAAGUUUAAGACACGCUUCCAACAACCAGGGGAGACCAUUGCAAUGUUUUUACCUGAAUUAAGACACCUGUCUGAACACUGUGAAUUCGGAAUUACGUUAGAUGAGAUACUUCGUGAUCGGCUGGUGUGUGGUGUUCGUGAUAUCAGAAUACAGCGCUGGUUAUUAGCCUAA